ACUCCAGUGUUUUGAUCGCUCCUUAUUGACCCACAAUCACAACCCCACGACCCCUAGAAAAAUAAUAAAGUGUCAUCGUCGGUGCUAAAGCCCCAUCCAUUCCAUUGAUUAGGAAAAUUCCAGGGGGUUCAUUGAUUUUAAAUGAAAAAUCAAUGGUUAACCAAAUACCAAUACCCCAAGCUAAAUACGAGUUACUGAAUAGUGUAAUUCCUAAGCACUCGAGGUGCAGCAGAGUCGUGUGUCUCACUCUACCACUCCUUAUCAUCGGUUUUUUGUUCAUCAUUGCUGGAGUUUGGAUCGACGUCCAGGGGGUUUUGGGGAGAGGUGAAGAGGGGAAAAUUGGAAAGAUAUUGAGCAUUGAGAAUGCCCAGACUUUUGCGUGGACACGCAGGGCUAGGAUGUACGCCGAAUCGGCGAAGGAAAACCAAAAUGUUGACAGGAACUCAACCCUUGACUCAGGCCCGCCCUCACUCGACAGCCCCCCUGACCCGUUCGUCGUCUGCUACUACACAUUACCGAGAUUCCUGAACACGUCGGGAGAUCUCGGUCCGUCGGACCUUGACCCUCGUAUUUGUACGCAUAUUAUCGUGGGUUUUGCGAGUGUGGUGAACAGCAUACUAUCCCCAGGUCCCUUCCCCAACAUCUACGAGGGUGUCUCAGCGUUGAAAAGGAAAUUUCCAAAAUUGAAGACAAUGAUUUCAGCUGGGGGCAUCAACGAAAUAGACUCUGGAUUCCCAGAGAUGGUGAAAACUCGGGAGAAUCGAAAGAUAUUUAUCGAUUCAGUGCUGAAUGUCACGAAAAUGUACAAUCUGGAUGGGCUGGAUGUCGACUGGGAGUUCCCAGCGUGGCUGGGGGGCAGGGAACGAGAGAGAAUUUAUUUCGUUCAGCUUCUGGAGGAGAUGAGGAGAGCUUUUGACAGGAGCGGAAGACAACUGAUCCUCUCAGCAGCCGUUGCUGCCCCAUCAGCAAUAAUUGAUGAAAGCUACAACGUGCCGCAGAUCGCAGAGCACGUGGACUUCAUCAACCUGAUGUCCUAUGAUUACCACUACUAUGUGUGGUACCUUCCAGUGACAGGGCUGAACGCCCCUCUAUACUCCAAUCCCCUGGACGGAGGCUAUGCCGCGACCUUGAACGUUAACUACUCUGCGUUCUACUGGGUCUCCAAGGGGAUGCCCAAGGAGAAGAUCGUCGUCGGCAUUCCCACGUAUGGGCACUCAUUUCUGCUGGACAACGAAGCCAAUCAUGGGAUCAUGGCACCUGCCAAAGGUUACGGCCACUUGGGGGAGAUGGGCUUCGUGAGAUACUGGGAUAUCUGUGGAUUCAUCAGGAGAGGGGGGUCGAAAGUUUUCGAUGAGGACAGCAGAACUCCUUAUGUCUAUGGGGGACAGGAGUGGGUCAGUUUCGAUGACCAGGUCAGCGUAAUGGAGAAGGUGGAAUGGAUAAAAUCAAGUGGAUUCAAAGGUGCCAUGAUCCUCUCGUUGAAUACCGACGAUUGGAAUGACACGUGCCACAAAAACCAAACAUUCCCACUGACCAGAGUUAUAGCCAAUAAUUUAAUGAGAUCUCGAGGAGUCUAAGGUCUCUAGACAAUUUGAAAUUCAGGUAUUAUUGAUUGUUAAAGUUCUAGGUGAAUGACGAAGAGCUUUUGCCGAAUGUUACCAAAGUCUUUCUGUAGGUAAUAUGUAUACGAUUGUUGCGUACAUUGUUUAAUAGCUCAAUUAUAUUUUAAAAGAAUAAUUCCAUUGAGUGGACAGGAAGACUUAUUCCCCAGAGAGUGAAAAAUUUUUCUCAGGUAAAGAUUUUAUUUUUUUCCUGUUUCUACUGCGAAAGUAUGACUUGAUAAAUUUUACCAGUUGAUCAGUUCAAUCAAUUUAUGCGAUAUAACAAUUACUGAAUUCCUUAUUAAUUAUGAAUUAAUUAAGCUUUGACGUUGAACCACUGAAAGCCCAUCAGUGAAAUGAUUUUACGUCCAGAUGGGGUGAAUUACCCCAUAAUUUGACAAUUAAGGGAAGUGGAGGUUCAUUGCAGGUUUAAAAAUAGUUAGGUUAGGUAUGGGAAAGCCAGAGGAAGGUUAUGCAUAGAAAAAUAUAUCACCUUUAAUUUAAAAAGGGGUUUAAGCUCAUUCCACAACAAGAAAGUAGAAACUCCUAAUUCCAAGGUUAAUAAUCCAACAAAAUGCAUCUCCAAUAAUAUCAAACUAAUUUAAUAAUUUUCUCAUAAUGACAAUUCCAAAAAAAAACAAUUAACAAAAUACGAGAGAAUUCUCUUUUUCAGUAUCUGAAUGUGCAAUAGACCUUCUAACUACUGAAUUAAGCACUGAAUGUUCAAAUAAUGAAACCAAAAAGUUUAUGAAAUAAUCCAUACCUCGAAUAAUAUGACAAAAACAAAGUAUAAUGUACACGAGAAUUGAAUAAAUAAACUGCGAGGAGAAUAAAAAUAUUGAAAUCUACGAUUGGGCACUGGUUGAAACCAUGAAAUAGCCAUGUCGCAUUUAUUUAAAUAACUCAGUGAAUAAUUAAUUAUUUACUUAAAGAUAAUUAUCAAUUACGAAGGCUCCCUUUCCUAUUUUUUCUAUUCUUUAUGUACUAUAUGUAUAAUUAUCAUGUAUUUAUUAAUUUAUUAAUUUAAUAAAUCUAUGCAAUUAAGCAUUCGACGAUA